AUGUUUGUUGCAGCUACUUACCGUAACGAUCAUACAUGCAGGACUCCUUAUGCUGGAAUAGCGGCUUCAGACUUCAUACGAGCAGAUAUUUAUCAACACAAAACGGUUAUUGCUAAUCUCUACAUGGAGGAGUUGGAAUUACCUUUUGGUCAACGGUUUGAAUUCAGUCGUCUGUGGUUUCAAAAAUACCAUGAAAAUGGAGCAACAACAGCGAUUCAAGCAAAGAGAGAGUCUUGUAGCAAGAAUAAAAAUACAAAAGCGGAAGCUAAAGUUUGUUUUGAUGACUCAAAUGUUGGCGAGAUUGAGCCGCUGAUACCUCAAGAUGAAAAGGAACUUCCGGUUGACGGUAGCUCGCCAAUUUUAAAAGAAAAAAAAGAGCGGGAGAAAGUGAUAGAUGAGUACAUGUUGGAGAUUGCAAGCUCAGAGGAAGCUGAUGAUAAUCACGAAAAUGGAGCUUCUUCAGUUGUAAAUGACAUAGACCCUCUUGUUGUGGCCGACAACAAUGAAAAUGAUGAAAACAGAACUGUUGGCGAUGGGCAAGAAGAAAACCUGAUUGAAAAGGACUCAGAUACCAGACGUGGAGAAGAUGAACGCAAACCAUCCCAAGAAGAAUCCUGUUCACAAAGCAAAUGGAAAAAUAAGGAGAAGAAAGCUUCUAAGGGGACAGGAAGUGCUCAAAACGACACUGAGCGGAAGGAAACCGAAAACAAAGAACGAAGCUCAUCAGCAGGCCAAGCUUCAAUGCCACUUAAACUCCCAACAGCAAAUGAGGCUACAUCGGCUGAAAACAACGUUGUUAAACUUGAAAAACACGAGGAAAACCCUGUAACCGAGGACAUAAUUAUGAAAAGAAGCCAUUCUCCAGUUGAUUAUGGCCGAAGCGCAAGAAAAAGCACGUCCACCGAUGUUGUGGCUGACAGGAACCUUGUUGCAAUGGCCGACAACAAUGACAAUUGCGAAGACAGACCAACAGUUUGCGAUGAGCUCAAAGAAAUAUCCCCAAGCGGCAUGGACGUGGAUAACAAACCUUUCGACGGGGAAUUCACUGGAUUAAUGAGCUUACCAAGCAAAGUAAGGAAAAAGAGGAAAAAGAAGAAGGCUUCCAAGCUUAAGGGGACAGGGAGUCCUCUAAACAACAUCAAGGGCGAGGAAGUAAAGAAAGAAGAACAUAUCUCUUCCGAAGGUCAGGUUUCAAUGGAACUUAAUCCCCCAGCAGUUGCAAAUGAGGCCGCAUCGGUUGAAAGCGACGUUGUUACACUUGCGGAACAUGAAGAAACUCCUGUGACUGAGGACAUAACUAUGACAGGAAGCAACUUUUCAGUUGAUGAUGAUCGUAGCGCACGAGAAACCACGUCCACCGAUGUCGACGGCCGAGGAAUCAGCGUUAACGAAAAAGGAGCUUCUACAGUUGUAAAUAACAAGGACCUUCUUACUAUGGCCGAUAACAAUGACGAUUUCGAAGACAGAUCAACUGUUGGUGAUGGACAGAAUGACAGACUUGGUGAAGAUGAAAGCAAACCUUCCAAUGCGGAAUCUAGUUCACAAAACAAAGAGAAAGAGAAGAAAAAGGAGAAGGCUUCCAGGGUGACAGGAGGUGUUCAAAACAACACCAACAGCGACGAAGUGCAAAAAGAAAAAAACUCUUCCGAAGGUCAAGUAACAUCAGUAAUCCUUGAUCUCCCAAAAGCUGACGAAGUUACAUCGGGUGAAGGCGACAUUGUUGAAGCUGUACUAAGUCCAGUAAAACACAACGUCACAACGGAAAACAAUGCCAGAGAUCUUACCACAAGUAACUGCUCUUCCAUUUCGCGCGUCCCUAAGACAGCUACGGGAAAAGACAAAGAAAUGUGUUCCAGUGGAAAGGAUCAACAAGUAGUAUCUUCUGAUACAUAUAUCUCCAAAGGUUCUUCGCUCAAAAACGUGGCAUCGUCAAGUUUAGAUUCUGGAAACUGUGAUAGAUUAGACAUGUACGAGGAGCAGACUCAUAAAUCAGAGGACAAACACCUCACAACUGGAGCAAAAGACCAGGAAAACGAAUCCACUAAAAUUGUUAGAUGUAAGCCAAGGCUUCGCGGACUCGUUGGAAGAGACAUUUUCUAUGAGAAAGGUUCUGUUUUGGACGCUGAAGAAAACAGAGAAUUGGAAUUCAAAUCACUCGUGAGUGCCCAGCCUUGUUUUCUUCCAUGGAAGAUUAUGGAAAAGGCAAAAAAGUUCAUCUGCGCUUGCUUAAAUAAUGACCGAAAAGGCAUAAUCUACUUCGGACAUGGGCUAGGUGUUGAUGUCGGAGUUACCUCAGAUGAAGAGAUCCAUGCAGUAAAACACAAAUAUCGCGUUUCGUGUAUCAAUUGUCUCUCCACGUCAUUUGACAUUUCCAUAGCAACUGCAUUUUGA